CCAUGAAGGAGUCUGUGAAGGCAUCACCGCCGUCCUUGAGCUCGGGGUGGGGCAGACAGGAGCAGAUCUCGGCCCAGAGGUCCUCGCUGGACCGGGGCACCACGGAGUCCACGCUCUCCAUCAUCCUCAUCCUGGAGUCCUGGGAUGGGGGAAUAAACGGCCGCUGCCGUGCCCUUGGGAUGAGCCGCCUGCCGCGCCGCGCGGUGCUGGCACUCAUGGGGCUGCUGUUCGCCAGGACCAUGGCCUGGACAUCCAGCGGGAAGACACACGCGGAGCUGGUCAACAACCUCUACAAAAAAGGGAUCGUUAAGUCCCAGCGAGUCUUCGAUGUGCUGUUGGCCACAGACAGAGGUCACUACAUCAAGUAUUACCCAUACAUGGAUUCUCCUCAAUCCAUUGGCUACAAGGCCACGAUCAGCGCCCCACACAUGCACGCCCACGCCCUGGAGCUGCUCAAGGAUCAGCUGGUGGAAGGUGCCAAGGCGCUGGACGUGGGCUCUGGAAGCGGAUACCUCACCGCGUGCUUCGCCAGGAUGACCGGCCCGACAGGGAAAGCUGUGGGAGUGGAGCACAUCAAGGAGCUGGUGCACGAAUCCAUCCGGAAUGUCCAAGAAGAUGAUCCGACGCUGCUCAGCUCCGGCCGUGUGAAGCUCGUGGUUGGAGACGGCAGGCAGGGAUACCCCGAGGAGGCUCCGUAUGACGCGAUCCACGUUGGAGCGGCCGCAGCGACCGUCCCCAAGGAGCUGCUGAACGAGCUGAAGCCGGGUGGGAGGCUGAUCCUGCCCGUGGGGCCCGAGGAAGCAAACCAGGUGCUGAUGCAGUACGACAAAACCAGCGACGGGCGCAUCGUGGAGACCCAGCUCAUGGGCGUCAUCUACGUCCCUCUGACUGACAAGGAAAAGCAGUGGCCUCGGGAUGAACUCUGACAUAUGGAUGGAUAUCCCUAAAGGCACCUCAGAAAGCUCAUGAGUGGGACUUAGGCCUGUAGAUGGUCGGUAUGGUUUUGCUUUUUAACGGAAAUUUUAUCCGUGGAUAAAGGGAAGGGAAGUUCUGCUUCAGCAGAGCUCAUUCCGGAGGGAUGGAGAACGAGGGCAGGACCAGAGGAGGCUCUUGGAGGCCACGGCAGCUUCCAGGGAGCGGAUCCGGGUAACUCCAGCUACCCUCUCCAAUAAACUACAGAUAACAUCACAGAAUUCCAGAAGCAGACAGGAAUACUUAAACCUUCACUAAAACAACUUUAAUAUCGACUACUCUGCUUUAACGCUUGGUGAAAAGAAGUCACAAUUAGUGUCUCAGAGCAGUGAGACUGAUUUGUGUGUUUUUAAUUAUGGGAAUUCUGGUCGUGCAACCACUAAUUUAAUCUUGGGCAGCAACACUGAAAUUUGGGGUUAAGGAAAAAAUUCUCAUUUCUUUUGAUUUUUUCUGUUUGGGGUUAUGAAAAAUGCUCAUUACUUCUGGGUUUGGGUUUUUUUUUCUGUUCAGGGUUAAGAAAAGUUCUCAUUUCCUGGGUGGUUUUUUUGUGGUGUGUUGUGGGGUUUUUUUGUUUGUUUGGUUGUUUUUUUGGGGGUUUUUUGUUUUGUUUUGUUUGGGUUUUUUUGUUUGUUUGGGUUUUUUUUGUUUUGGUUUUUUUUUUCCGUUUGGGGUUAUGAAAAAUUCCGGGCUUAAGAAAAAAAGCGCAAUUCUUGGC